GUUGAAUAUUAUUAUUUUAAACUAAAUCCAAUUUUUAUCAACAGCCCUAAACAGUAAGAGAUACAAAUUUAUUGACUAAAUUAUCAUUGCUCAACUCAUUACUUCCAAGGCAAAGUUUCUAUGACAUAGGAAGCAAUCUUGAUUAUAAUUCAUGAUGGUAGCAAAUUCCAAGAUGCUAUCUGUUCACUUUUGCCCUGGCUCUGUCAAGAGUGACAAUCCUAAAGAGUUUGAAAUUACUAGCAGUACAACUGUUGAACAAAUGGUUCACAUGGUUGUUGCUGAACUCAAUAUCCGACCAAUAUCUGUUACCCUCUUUGGGCUUCGUAUUAAAUCUAAUAAGUUGUGGCUGGCUCCUUCACAGCUUCUUCAUGAACUCCCCACUGAAGAUCACAGUGUUCAAUUAAGACUGCGAUUCAGAUUGCCAUCAUUUAUGGAUUUACAGCUGCUUGAUGAGGAGGCUUACAGAUAUCUUUUUUAUCAGGUGCGAGAGGAUCAUUUACAGGAGGUUCUAACAUUUGACAAAUUGGACAGCAUGGGCCUGGUUGUUACAGAUAUUCUUCACCACAUGUUAGCAGAAAAUGUGCCGUUGAGUCGCAUUGAGAUUGGUCACUUUAUGCCCCCUUCUCUGAACUACACGCUCAAAAGGUUUAAUGUCAGAAGACAUGUUGAAAAACUCCAUGCUGACGCCCUCACUGCCACCCCUGCUUUUAUUCGACAAAAAUAUCUUGAGAAGGCAUCAGAGUGCAUGCAGGCACUCUGUCAGAGUCCUGAGAGCGAUUCUCGAGAUCUCGUAGGAACUGAAGAGUUCUUCGCUGAGAAGCUCGAGGGCGACAAGACCAUCGCCAUCAGAGUUAUGGUAGCCCCUUUUCAUCCACAUCAUCCUGGUCUGAGAGUGUCUAGGUCCAAGAAAGGGCUCCCGGAUUUUACGUCGUUCUGGUCGUUCCUAUCCUCAUUAAUCCUCCCACAUUCUCUGCUUCACUGUAAGGGCUGGUCGCAUCUGUGCGGUCUAGAGGAGCUUGUUGUGAUCUCCAGCAGAGCAAGUGACUGCACGCUGGAGUUGUGCCAGCUUAGCGGAGUGCCUCUUUACUUCAGCAUGCCUAGUGUACAGAGUCUCCUGUCAUUUGUCAGUUGCCUUUCUGGUUACUACCGCCUCUUCAAGUGUUGGACCUUCGACCUCUGCAAAGAAGUUACAGCACCCAGCAUUGCUGUGCUCAAGAAAAACAAGUGUCAUGGUCCUGUUGGAGCGGAUUUUGCUCACGCUAAGCUACGUAGCAAGUGUGGAGGGGAGGCUGGUGUCGGUCUGCUACGCCAGUCUUCUCGCCACUUCGAUCGUUACAAACUCGACGUGUUUGUGAACAAGCAGGCAAACAUCCGCACAUACACCAUCACUACACAACACGGAUUGGUUAACAUCAAGGAUGCAGGAGUUGAUCAGCCUUUUGACUCCCUCUUGAAGCUCAUCAGGCAUUUGAUGGACCGUAAAAACACAGAACUAUCAGAUGACAUCUUGAACGACGAAAUACUGCACAGCAACUCUGCAACUUUGUCCAAUUCUCCAACCUGCAGCAUAAAAUCCUUGAAAAGUUUUUCGCGAGAUCAAGAAAGUGAUGUUAAGGUUGCAUCUUCUUCAUCAUCCAAAUCGAUAGGUAGCGAAAACGCCGUAAAUGCAUCGUCAUUGUCUCAAUCUAAGCCAACACAGACGAAUCGGUUGUUCUUAUCCCGAAUUAUUCCCCCAUCUGAGUAUGACAAGCCUCCACUCCUGCUUCUCUGCGCUGGGAAAUUUGAUGACGAAAGUGAGAGCCAGGACAAAGGGCCUCGGGUGUUCAAAUUUGAGUCUUUCGUGUCUGAAAGCUCGACGUUGAUCCAAGCUUCCUUCUAUCGCGUCCUGCAUGCCAGGAAAGCGUCUGAUGAAAAUAAACAUUAUGCCGUCAAGGUAGACCUCCUGGAGGCGGUGACACACUUGGCCAAAGCUCUGUUCUUCCUGAGUCAAGAAGGCAUCCAGCACAACAACAUCCGCUGCCACUCGCUGCUGGUCGCGCGUCAUCAGGAUAACCAAUUCCUCGUGAAGUUGAGUGAGCCUGGCGGCUCUGUGGUGGAUGAGACUUGCAUCCACUGGAUUGCUCGAGAGCAUCACUAUCAUCCACCAUCCUCUAAACAAGAUCCAUCCACCGACGUGUGGGCCUUUGCCACCACCGCCUGGCAGAUCUUCAGCAAUGGCCAAUGGCCACUAAAGGAUGGAGACAUAGACGCAAUUCGGUCGUUGUACGCAGCAGGGCAAGUGCUCCCUCGACCCAAGCGGUGUCCUUAUGAUCUCUAUCAGAUCAUGUUAAGAUGUUGGUCUCCAGACCCUAGUGCGCGACGCCAGCCUCAGACCAUCAUGCGCGAUACAUUCCACUUACUUUAUGAAGUAUUCAACUCAAGACGACAGAACGCCUACAGCUGCAUCAGCGAAGACGGCCUUGACGAUACUGCCGACAGCUCUGCUACACGACCCAGCCCUGACAGACAGAGCGCCGAGAACAUCAUCUACUCCCCGCAAGAGCCUGACAUUGACGUGUUGUCGGCUAUAGGUUCUGUGGAUACAACCGUGACGACCGUCGGCAACAGCGACAUGACUUUGAUCCACGUAGACGAGGAAGAUGACGACGUGCACGCUGACCUGCGCGUGGUGCCGCGCAUCUCCGACCUUCCUCUUGCAGAUGGCUCCAUAGCUAAGGUGGUGAUGGGUGUGUUGCCGCAGCUUCCCCUGCCGUUUGGUCGAGGGGCUACGUUGCCCGACUCUCAUCUCGCUCCUACUCCCUUCCUCGAUCCCAUGCCUGCGCUAUCACCCAUACAGCCCCGCACCCAAGCCCCUGUCAACCAUCGUCCUGCCUCCAGCACCAAGAGCCUGAAUGAGGUGCUUGUGCCGCAGUCUGCUCAACAAGAUGGACAACUUUUUGCUGGCCAGAUUCUCAAAAUGGACAGAUCUAAUGUCAAAAUAGAGGCUCAUGUUGGCGAGGGUAACUACGGUUGGGUUUACAAAGGCCUGCUCAGCACUCCCGGUGGAGGUCCCAACGAUGGACCGGUGGCUGUGAAGACGCUCAAGGUGGUGACGGGACAGCUCGACGACAUGUGUCGCGAGCGUGACAUCAUGCAGAAGUUGAAUCACAGAAACAUCGUUCGGCUGCUAGGCGUGAUCAAUCAGUCAGCUGACGCGGCGGGCAGUGUGCUUGACGAGCGCAUGUACAUGGUGAUGGAGUACCUGGAAAUGGGAUCCCUCAAGACUUACCUCCAGCAAAACCCCUCCAUUGGGGACCCUACGUUGUUAGACUUUGCUCGAGACAUCGCCAUGGGCAUGGACUACCUGGAGUCGCAAAGAAUUGUGCACAGGGACUUGGCAGCGCGUAACAUUCUGGUCUCCUCUCCAAAUCACGUGAAAAUAUCUGAUUUUGGCUUGGCUCAACCGCUGUACGCCUCAGCAUAUUACGUGCUCAGAACAAAAAGAGAUCUGCCUCUUCUAUGGUAUGCGCCAGAAAGCAUAGACAAGAUGCGGUACUCGUCCAAGAGUGAUGUUUGGUCGUACGGGGUGACGUGCUGGGAGAUGUUCACCAGAGGCAAGGAACCUAAUCUGCCUCGAGACCCCAACAAACUGCUCAUGGCUCUCCAGCAAGGUAUCCGUUUGAUCUGCCUGCCUCCGUGCCCCGAGAUCGUCUACAGCCAGCUCAUCAGAGUCUGUUGGGACCACGAGCCUAGAUUACGGCCAGACUUCUCGUCUCUAGUCAAUGUUGUCAAUGAAUUGAAAGAGGAGAUGAUGUGGUAGCACGGUCCGUAUUACACGAGCAUGUAUCAAGAGCAGAAAAACGCGAGUGAAAUGAAUCAGGUACGAAUCUUGCUAUCAUGUGCGUUGUAGUCUAGGGACCGUUCAACCUAACCUAACGUGAGAAAUAGUUGAAAAAUAAUUGCUAGAUAAUGCUUAUUUAUUUGUUUGAACAUAGGUUGCUGCUUGUGUCCGUCUAGUCGCUCUCACAGUACAAAUACGGUACACGUCAAUUGAUAAAUACCUGGAAUUAUUUCUACUAAAGUUAAAGAGUUAAUCGAAUUGCCCGAAAUUAAUCUUGAUUUGUCGACUGUAAUAUUCUUAUUUAUUUACUCGUACAACUCACGAUACUUCAGAAAAUAAUAAUGAGUGAAAGUUUUGCUCAGUGAAAGCAUUGCUCACUUCGUUCCAAGGUCAAUGUAUAAAAAUAAGCGAGUCUCGUGAGGCCGUUCGAUGAAUUAGCCUGUCUUAGCCUUCCAGUGCAACAAUCAGUUCAUCAUGUAGAUAGCUAAGACGCCUUUGGUCAAAUUUACUGCAAUUAAUUUUGACUGAAAUGAUAAUAUUGAAGUAGUGCCAUUAGGACACUUAAAAGACCAAGGGCCACUAAUUGCCUGUAAUAAUCAAUGCAUUACCUGCUUUUGCUGACGCUCAACAACCUUUGCCUCAGAAGCUGACCGACACGGCAAUAAUAAUACUACAAGCAACUUUAAUCCUCAUGAGUGCGUUCGGACGUCGCUGGCAUGUGUUAAAUAAUUUAUGUGCAGAAAUUGGUGGCAGAAACGCCCCAAAUUGAUUCCUGAAAAAUCCCCCUAACGUCGACGAAAACACGCUAGAAGUCAGUUAGUUAAACAGAAAAUAAUUAACUAAGUUUAAGGAAUCUAAGACUUAAUCCUUAUACGAUGAUUUUGCAUUCUUCGGCGAUCCUUUGAACGCCUAAUCUUUUCUGCUGUUGAAGGAAUUGUAAUUAGCCUUCAUUUUAAGCCAAACGGCAAGUAAAAUAGAGUAAACCUUCUCUUUAGUUGUGCUCGACGUUUUGUGUGUUUGAAAUUUAAUUACUUCGCUUCAAAUCCCGAUUGUCUAGAGGAGUGGGAACACUUAGGAUUUAGCAUAAUCAUUUACAAAUCUGCAAGAAAUAAUAUGAGCCUGUCGAUCCAUUGCUGGUUUUGGAGCAAUAACAUCUUGGCUGCGUGGUUUUGAUGGUUAAUGACUUGUUGGUUAUUGAGAAGGAAGCUGUCAGAAAUAUCCUGAUUGUGUCGUUCGAACGAUGUUCACACAAAAGCUCUGUACGCACUGCUGCCCCUAGACGAUCAUCGGUAAUCUGAUGUCAUUGAACGGAAUGAUAACAUAACAUCUCAUUCUAAACCAUUAUAUUUAGUGCAAUAUUUUGUGUCCACGUUAUUGCGUAUGUUGCAGCAAAUAAAAAAUUUAUAUAUAUUUGAAAUCAUAUGACGAUACUUUGUAGUAUUUAUUACUGGAAAUUUAUACGUAAUCCUCCAAUUACCGAUCAAAUGUGAUUAUCAAACACGUAAAAAAAUUGCAGAUGUCA